CACUCAUUGCACAGUUGGGAAGGGACCUUAGCACCAGCAACAGGAGAAAAGAUGGUGCCCCUAAUUUGCCUGAUCUUUGUCCUGAUAUCCACUUUGACAACAACUGAAGGUUCUAAAAAGUGUGGCUUUAGUAAAUUGCCAAGGCCUGCAAAUGCAGACUUGAGUGACUUCUCCGUUAAACAUCGUACGAGCGAGUUCGAAUGUCAGCAUGGCUACGUCUUGGCGUCAACCCGUAAGAAGACCCAGACCAUCAGUUGCGGUGCUUCGGGGUGGCAGAAGUCAGAGCCGUGUGUGAAGCAGAAAAGUCGACAAUGCAAAACUCCUCUCCAGUGGCGCAGAAACUUGCCUCAUUUGCAUUUGAAUGGCGAUUAUCAAAUAGGAGAGGCGAUCAAUAUCACGUGCCCUAAACGCUUACGUCUGAAGGGAAGGGUGUCUCGGAAAUGUGGAACGACUGGUUGGAAUGAUGGUGGUGAUGUAAAUUGCGUCAGGAAUACAUGCAAAGUACCAAAGGAGUGGAAGCAAACAGUGGAGGAAAUACUUAACGAUGAAAUCUGGGUUGGCCGGAAAAUGUUGGUCACGUGUCCAAUGACCAAGCAGACGAUCCCAUCCCUGAAGGCUAAAGGCGGAAUAAUCACUUGUCUUGCGAAUGGAAAAUUCGAUAUCGAGGAUGGACCCAUUUGCAAAAGUAAAGGCAGAAAUUGUGCUGUUCCCAGCUCCUGGAUGAAGGCGUUCUAUUCCAUGUCACUAAGGCCAUUGUAUCUUCCUGGGGCAACUAUAAUAUUUAGCAGAUGGCCGAAAGACGUGGUAAGGUCUUCAUCAUUAGAUGCUACCAACGACGUUGUGACAUGCAGAGAAGAAGGAAAAUGGAGUCCUGCAAAGCCAUUUCUCUUGAAAACAGACCAAAGAACCGAACGACAUGAGAAGCCAGUUGAGAAAAUUGCGACGACGCAUACCGACUUGAACAAGCGGAGAAAGCACUGCAGGACCCCCGAAGCUUGGCGAGAGAUGUUUCGAACGUUUCCAAGGAAAAUGAAGGCAAAUAGCAAGGUGGUAUUAAACACCAAGACGUGUCCUGGAGGUAAACGAGAUGCAGAAGUGGAGCGUGUUGGGGGUACCAUCUUUUGCACUCGAGAUGGGCACUGGAGUGUAAAGCCGGAUUACCUCUGUCCAGUGUGUGUAUUUCCGAUGGAAUGGGUCACCUACACCAAGGGUGUGCAAUUGCGACGAAAGUAUAUGUUUCCCGGUCAGCAUAGAAAAAUCAGCGGUUGCAAACGCAAGGAUUUGAAAUUGCACCCGUCCAUUGUCAAGGCAGGAGGAAAGCUGACCUGCACGAAAGAAGGAAGGUUUAAUGUCAAUCCGAGAUAUCUGUGCACAAAUGCACAGAAGGAGGCUUUUACAAAAUUUUGUCCGUUGCCAAAAAAAUGGUCACUAAGGAUGGGAUUCCGACAGAAGGACGUCGCCCCAUAUAUUUCCAUACAGCUCAUGUGCCGUCAGGGUAAGGUGUCCAGGCGGUGUUUGCCUGGCGGCCGAUGGGCGGGAAAUCCUGACAUUACUAAAGAUAUCUGCACAAAACAAGAUGAUAAGUAGAAGUGAUUUACAUCAGAUUCGGCAAGUGAGGGAGCGGAAAUGCCACCAGACAUUCGACUGUACAAUAAAUAAGUGGCUGUCCUAAACAAACCAUCUAUGGAUUCUUCAGGCGAAAUUCUGAAGUACUGACGAUUUCUUAGUCACGAUUUGUGAAAUAAACGUAUCGAUAGGUCUGCCUGUAAACACUUGAAAAACAAACAUCUUUGUCGCCUUGAUAAUAGGGCUGCCGUGCACACUCUGUAGAUAUCAGAGAAAGGGUCUAAAAGCAGUGUGUCCAUAGUAGGUUUACUAGCUUAUGUCAUAUGAAUAAAGAUCACAGUCUUGUGAAAUGAAAUAA